GAAGCACAAUAUAUAUUAGAAGUCUGAGGCACAACCUCUACAUGCAUGAUAUAUCAUCUUCUAUUUCCUCUCUAGCUAAAUUCUUGCACCAUUUUCAAUCACUCCAAUGGCACCACACAGAGAAACGCUUCUUGCCUCUUACCCUAAAACCAAUCCGGCCCCGAAGCCUCCUAGACUCUCCAUGGGAAGCCUCCAAAGAACUAUAUCAGACAUCACAUUUGAACUCAGCAAAGAAGCUUCAGACAUAAAGCUCCCUUCCAUAUCCGAGGUCGAGGACGCCAAGUGUGAGUGCUGUGGUCUGUCAGAAGAGUGCACACCGGAGUACGUAACCCGUGUUCGUGGAAAGUUUUCAGGGAAGCUGAUAUGUGGCCUGUGUUCCGAGGCAGUGAAGGAAGAGAUGGAGAAAAAUGGAGGAAAGAGAGAAGAGGCAUUGAGUGAGCACAUGAGUGCAUGUUCUAGUUUUAACAGGUUUGGUAGGACACAUCCAGUGUUGUACCAAGCUGAAGCCAUGAGAAAGAUUUUGAGGAAGAGAUCAACGUUGGAAGGUGGUAGGGCUAAGUCUUUGAGCCCUAAAGAUAACGGUGGUCAAAGGAAGGGUUGUAUUGCUAGGAGUUCGAGUUGUAUACCUGCUAUUACUAGGGAGAUAGAUCAGUGA